AAAAAAAAAAAUAAAAAAAAAUCACAGAAAAUAAAUAACGAAAAAGGGGAAAAAAAUUUUGUAUUCUUUCUUGCCAACGGAACGCUGACUAACCAACUAUUAAAUAGAAAUGCCGACAAAGAAACUUGGUAGAUUUUCGUCGGUAAAGUCGAGCCCGAAAACCAAGGGAUUAUCAAAAUCCGCAAGAGCUGCUCGAUUACGUAUUAAACGAAAAUUACGCGCUCGUAGUCAAGCCAGCAAAAGCGCGGACACUAUCGGUUCGUUAGAACGCGGAAAUCGUUUCUCGCGUAUGGUAAAAAAAGAUGCCGAUGAAUUUGAGAUACGUAAAUCGCUAAAGCAUUAUGUCGUGGCUGAAUUGGAACGCUUAGGUCAUCGAACUUAUUAUCAGCGUGUCUUUAUUUUGGCGCGCAAUGCUGCUGAUGCCAUGCCCUCAUCGCAAGGCGAUGAAUUUGUGAAAUUUUUUCAAAGAAAAGUGAAAAAAAUAUUUGCAAUAUGCGAAGAGAAGAAGACAACUCCCGAUAAUUUAACGGGACUAUUUAUAUGCAUGGACACCUAUACAUAUCUGAUGCUCGAGGGUGCCGAAAAUAUGUUAGCCGAUUUCUUUAACGAACUUGUUACUAUCGCCGAUUCUACAUGGGAUGAGGCGAAAAUUUUUCUUGUAGAGAAUAAUGUCCCCAAGGCUUAUUUUAAAGAUUUCAUUACGUUCAUCUCGCCCGCUAUAAAUAUUAAUGAAAAGUUCCCUCCAUCGACAAUAACCGAUGCGAAUUUAAUGGCAAUGCAACAUUUUAAAUUGAUCGAAAAAGUUCAGAAGGUGCUCGAAGCGGUGAUUGGACGCGGAAGAGAGAAAAAGGAAGUUGAAUAUUUUGCUUCUCUGCCACCUGAUCCAUUUAAUAAAUUAUUACCGGAAGUUCAACGUAUCAAUUUGGUGCUAAGUUGCGAUAAAUUUUAUUUGGACCUUAAGCGCUUCGCCAAUGAUUAUUUCCAUUUCGAAGUGCGUCGCGACGAAGACUCUUACUUUUGGCCGAUCGAAAAUUCUUAUACACCUUUAGAUAUUUUCAUUCGGUCAUCGUACGAUGUGAACUUAACAUUUUCCGAUUAUGGGAAAGAGGAAAUUAAGGCAGUCAGAGGUACGGUGGGCUCGGUGGAGUCAAGAAAAUCAAGUUUAAAAGAAUCUAACCCACAAACGGAAUAAGCA